GACCCGAAACAUUACUGGAGCGCUUCAGCAACAAAAAGGCCACAAAUCCCUCUGGAAAUGGAGGCCAAUCUCUUCACCUUACCUUCUUCCAGACCCCCAACACCCACCCUCCCAUCCAAUUCCCACAAGGUUUCUCUAAAAUCCCACUUCAGAAACCCCUUCCUCACCACGCACCACCACCACUGCCGCCGCCCAAAGUUCGCACCUUUAACGAUCCGCUCAGCCAUCAGCAGAACCAAGAAAGAAGAAACUGUUGAAUCAGUCAAACUACAGCUUCAAGGUUGCUAUCUCAUCGCUGGCAUUGGCUAUAAAGGCUUCACCGUCAAACAAUUUCAAGAACUUAGAAGGCAACUCCCAGAAUCCUCGAAACUUCUCGUUGCUAAAAACACUCUUGUUUAUAAAGCCAUUGAAGGUACUCAGUGGGAAGCACUGAAGCCAUGCAUGAAGGGAAUGAAUGCCUGGUUAUUUGUCCAUAGUGAAGAAAUCCCAACUGCAAUAAAGCCUUACAGGGAGUUUCAGAGGGAGAAAAAGUUGGAAGGGAAUGAUUUUACUGGGGCUGUUUUUGAAGGGAAGUUUUAUGGGCCUGAGGAGUUUAAGGCCUUGGAAUCUUUGCCAUCAAGAGCUGAAAUUUAUGCUAAGAUUCUGGGAUCGCUCAAGGGUCCUGCAUCUGCUGUUGUUGGAACUUUGCAGGCCCCUGCUAGGAAUUUGGUUAUGACGCUACAGGCUUAUGUGAAGAAGUUGGAGGAGGAGGGUGGCAGUUGAGGAGAAUAGUUGGUUGCUCUUCUUGUUUUGCUAUUGGCUGUAAUGCCUGCCCUGUAAGUUUUGUUAAUUAGACUUCAUUUUUUCAUCAAAUUCAAGUGGGAAAGCUUGUAGUUUAUAUCUCUUCUGACACAACUUGAUGAAGAUUUUUAUAGGCUGAUUAUCCUGAAUUUGUUUCUUUGGUUUUUGACUAGAGUGAUACUCUUUAAUCAGGUUCAUCUAGAGUGUCAUUUUUGGGAGAAACUUUUGUUCCAGAUGAGUAGUUUCAACUGUUGUGACAAUGUCGUUGAUGAUUCUGAAUGAGAUGCAACCUUAGUGAGGUUUGGAUA